GGGAGAUCGCAGGAAGGUGCAGCAGCACUUCAACACAAGCAAGCAUUCGGUCUGUUCGUAAGUUUGCAUCGCUUGCAAAUCACUCAAAAGUAGGAGAAGAAACUUGAAAGAAAUUUCAAAAGAAAAUGAAAAAGAAAAAAGAAAAAUUGUUGCAGCAUCACAACAACACUAUUUAUCCUUCAACUCUGAUAAACCUCUUCCUCCUAAUCAAGCUGUAAUUUCAUUUUCCAUCACUUUCCCUCUCAAAUGAAGCAAUUCCCAUUUCCCCCUUUUAAAUUCCCUCCUCCAUUCCCCCAUUUCUUCACCCAUUAUUCCUUCAUCACACAAUGGAAUCCAAGCGCUUCUUCUGGGUUCUGCUUCUGCUUCUGGCCGCGAUCGCCGUGAUUGGAGACGAUUCUGAAUUCUCCGUCAAGCCAUUGGUGAAGAUUGUGAAAGGGAAGAAGCUCUGUGACAAAGGAUGGGAGUGUAAAGGCUGGUCGGAAUAUUGCUGUAAUCAUACCGUUUCUGAUUACUUUCAGACCUAUCAAUUUGAAAAUUUGUUCUCCAAGCGGAACUCGCCGGUCGCUCACGCCGUAGGGUUUUGGGAUUAUCGAUCUUUUAUUACGGCGGCGGCUUUGUUUCAGCCUCAUGGAUUCGGUACCACCGGUGGGAAGCUAAUGGGGAUGAAGGAAAUUGCUGCUUUUCUCGGUCAUGUUGGCAGUAAAACCACUUGUGGGUAUGGAGUGGCGACUGGAGGUCCAUUGGCAUGGGGUCUGUGCUACAACAAGGAGCUGAGCCCUGAUAAAUUGUACUGUGAUGAAUAUUACAAGCUCACUUAUCCCUGUACUCCCGGAGUUUCUUACCAUGGCCGUGGUGCCUUACCCAUCUAUUGGAACUACAACUAUGGAAAAACAGGAGAAGCCUUGAAUGUUAAUCUAUUGGACCAUCCAGAGUACAUUGAAGACAAUGCCACUCUAGCAUUUCAGGCUGCAAUUUGGAGGUGGAUGACCCCAGUGAAGAAGAACCAGCCCUCAGCACAUGAUGUGUUUGUAGGCAAAUGGAAACCGACAAAGAACGACACACUGGCCAAGCGACUGCCUGGCUUUGGCACUACCAUAAACAUCCUCUAUGGCGAUGCUGCGUGUGGGCAGGGUGAAGUUGACUCCAUGAACAACCCCAUCUCCCAUUACUUGCAUUACCUCGAUCUAAUGGGCAUUGGUCGAGAAGAAGCCGGACCCCAUGAAGUCCUGAGCUGUGCCGAGCAGGAACCUUUUGAGUCAUCAUCUUCUUCAUCCUCGUCAUCUUCUUGAGGUUCGUCUUUGUCUCAAUCAACUUAUUCUUGAUCUGAUUCUCUCUGGAGAAUGAAAGAAUAUGAAUAAUUGGAUGUCAAACUAAGAUGUUUUGUGAUGUAUAAAGCUAUUGAAUUGAAGGGAAAGAAAGAAUUCAAGAUACAUAUACUAUUUUUUGUGUGAGUUCUCAUUGUGUAUAUCCAAUUGAUGUUUAUUAAUGUUUCCUUCUGUUUGUUCUAAAUUUUGACGUUUCAUUUGAGUUUUUAUAGUCAUUAAUUAAUGUAUUCUCCAAGUUCGGAAUGUGAACCAUUUGAGUAACAUAAAUACAUUCUCUGUAUUAUGCAUGUUGCA